AUGGGAGACUACUACGACGUUCGCGGAAUGAAGAGAAUUCUAGCGAUCUCGGUGGGCGAGUUCAACGCUCUUGACCCACUUCCGAACAGUCAAAUUGAUAAGGAGCUCAUCUUGAGGACGUUUUCCAGGCUCGGUUUUCGACCGACGCAGGAAAAAGAAAACACCUUGACAGCUUUGGACGCAACGAAGUUGAUCGCCAAAUUCUGUCAAAAGUUCGAGUCCGAAAUGCCUAUCAAGCCGAUGAAAUGCCUCGCUAUCUACCUCAAGUCCCACGGCGGCAUUGACAAGAAGGGAACAGUCGUGUACUUUAGGGAUCAAAUGGUGCCGCUUUGGGAUUUGUUGGACCCGAUUCUGAAGCACCCGUGCUUAGAGGGAGUGCCCAAAAUAGUCAUCUUCGAAGCCUGCCGUUCACAGGAGAGUGGACACCAUUCUUUUGCCGCCUCGCCAGAGGGAGAGUAUGCCUACACCUGCGUCGAUGAGAAAGCAUCGCCAUUUACGGAAACCUUCUGUGAAGCUCUUGAUGAAUGUCCAAGUCAAGACGUCUACGACCUCUCUCACACGAUCGUAGAACGACUGAGACACAAACCAAUUCUAAUGACUGACGGAGACACUCCAAUCCAGUACUUCAUGGCGCCCUGCACUGAGACGAGUCUCACUAAACGACUACGGUUGUACACUCCCAGUAAACAAAGCAAUGGAUACAUGCCCGCUGCUGGUUUUCAAAGAGCCGCUUCAACUUCCAGUAUGGACGAUCAAUUGUCUUCAUUGAUGGAACAAAUCAAAUAUCUGCAAGGAGAACGCGAGAAACUGAUCACUGAGAAUCAGAAUCUCCAACUUGAUCUCAACAAUCUACGGCGAAAUACUUCAGCGUGA